UAACUGGACAUACAUUUCAUUAGAGCAUUGCACGGUACAGGCUUACAGUUCUUUCCGCUCUAAAGUUCCGGCGGCGUGCAGAUCUUCUGAGAAAAUGUCCAAGUUCUGGGGCCGAGACAGCAGCGAUGAGGAGGAGGAGGAGACCACCGAGGAGGAGUCCUCUAGCGAGGAGGAGACCAGCAACGAUGACGACAGUUCUUCUGAGGAGGAGUCUAGCUCUGGUUCAGAUUCCGAUUCUGAUUCGGACUCGGACUCGGACGACGAGGGGCCUAACAAGUUCUUGGCUGGCUCUAGCGAUUCGGAUUCCGAUGACGAUCGCCGUGUUGUCAAGAGCGAGAAAGACAAGAGGAUGGGCGAGCUGGCGCAGACAGCGGAGGACAUCCGGAAUAAGAUUAAGAUCAACGACUGGAGCACUAUCCAGGAGCUCUUCGAUAUCCUGAACCAGCGUUUGGAGAAGACGCGCAAGUUUUUGGUUGGACUGACCGUGCCUCGCGUCUAUUUGAAAUGCCUAAUUGAGCUGGAGGAUUACCUUAACGAGACGCUGGGCAAUAAGGACCUUAAGAAAAAGAUGUCACAGACUAACGCAAAGGCGUUCAACACCAUGCGCCAGCGCUUGAAAAAGCAUAACGUCAACUUUGCGGAUCAAAUGGCGAAGGUCCGCGAGAACCCGGAUGAGGAUGACGAGGAGGAUGCGGCUGAGUCUGCAAGCAGUGACAGUGAAAGUGGCGAUGAGCGCGAGCAGGAGGAUCGCAAGAACCAGCAGCAGCAGCAGAAGGCUAAGGACAAGCUGCUCACGAUGGACCCUAAGGAGAUUACCUACGAGAUGGUGGCGCGGAAGCUUAGGGAGAUCGUUGUGUCCAGGGGCCGCCGGGGCACAGACAAGCAGGAGCAGGUGGAGAUGCUGACUUACCUGGUGACAGUAGCUCGGGGCCCGGCGCAGCGCUUCGAGGUUCUUGCACAGCUGACCAGCAGUCUCUUCGACCUUAACCCUGGCAUGAUGGGGCAUCUGCAGACGGGGCUGUGGAAGAAGUGUGUCGUGAACUUGUUGGAGAUGCUGCGCAUUCUGCAGGAUAACCCAAACAUCAAGGUGGAUGAGAAUGCAGACGCACUGGAGGAGCGCACAGAGCAGCCACCAGACGGCGCAGAGGUGCGGGUUUGGGGUAACGUUGUGGCCUUCGUGGAGCGCCUGGAUGACGAGCUCUUCAAGAGCCUGCAGGUUAUCGACCCACAUACCCAUGAGUACAUGGCACGGCUCAGGGAUGAGCCUGUAUACCUGGCGCUUGGAACCAAGGUGCUUGAGUACCUGCAGAGGGUCGGUGAUAUGGUCGGGAGCCCCAAGGUGGCUUUGCGGCUUGUGGAGCACCUGUACUACAAGACCGAUACCGUUUACGACGCGAUGCGGAAGCUUGCGAUGGCCCAGCAGCAGACUGCUUCAGCGCCUGCCCCCGCAAUGGAGGACGGCGACGAGGAAGAACCCGGUGCGAAGGUGGAGGUUCUGGUGCCAUCUGAUUACGCCAUGGCGGAAAACUGUCAUGAACUCAUGCUGUCGCUAGUGGGCGGCGUCAUCUUCAAGUACGGGGACGAGCGCACGAAAGCACGGGCUAUGAUGUGCUACAUCUACCAUAAGGCCAUCCACGAUGACUUCCAUGGCGCUCGGGACCUACUGCUGAUGAGCCAUUUGCAGGACUCCAUUCAGCACAUGGACGUCUCCACUAUGAUCUUGUACAACCGCGCCAUGGCCCAGCUGGGUCUGGCAGCUUUCCGGGCCGGCCUUAUCCAUGAGGCUCAUGCCUGCUUGAACGAACUGUACGGAAGCGGUCACAUCAAGGAACUUUUGGCGCAAGGCAUGUCCAUGGGCAAGUACCACGAGAAGACGCCCGAGCAGGAGCUGGCUGAGAAGCGGCGCCAGAUGCCCUUCCACAUGCACAUCACCCUAGAGUUGCUGGAGAGCGCUUACCUUACAUGCGCCAUGUUGUUGGAGGUUCCAAACAUGGCUGCUAAUCCGCUCAACCCGAAGAAGAAGAUGAUUUCCAAGUCCUUUCAUCGUGUGUGGGAUACCUAUGCACGCCAGGCCUUCACAGGCCCGCCAGAGAACGUGCGUGAUCAUAUCAUGGCGGCGUCCAGGGCACUGGCACAGGGAGACUGGGCUAAGUCGUUCAACUACCUGAAGUCACUCAAUGCGUGGAACCUUCUUCCAAAGAAGGAGCAGGUCCUGGCCAUGCUGAAGGUGAAGGUGCAGGAAGAGGCCGUACGGACGUAUCUAUUGUCGUACAGUAACCAGUACGCAUCGUUGUCCCUUGAUCAGCUGGCGUCGAUGUUCGAGCUGCCAGACAAGCAGAUAUACUCGAUCGCGAGCAAGAUGAUGAUUGCGGAGGAGCUGCCAGGGUCAUGGGACCAACCCACUCGCACUAUCGUGAUGCAUUCGUCCGAGUCGUCUCGCGUGCAGCGGGUAGCAUUACAGCUGGCGGAUAAGGCGGCGGUAAUCGUCGACUUGAACGAACGUGCCCUGGCCUACCGGACGGGUGGGCUUCGGGAUGCGGAUGAUGAAGGCGGCGCGAUGGCUGGUUCGUCAAGGCGGCGUGGAGGUCAAUGGGACGACGAGGGUGGCGCGGGUGGCCGCAGCCGAGGAGGUGUCAAGCUGGGCAUGGUCCGCAACAUUGGUGGCCGCGGGGACCGAGGGGAUCGCGGCAGCGUCCGCUCGGGGCCAAGGCCUGGUGGCAUGGGCGGCCGCGGGGGCGGAUACCGCCGCGAUGGCGGCAUGGGUGGCGGUAGCUACGGCGAUCGUGUGGGUGGGGGACCGAGGGGCUAUGGCCGCCCGGGUAUGGGCAGCAACAUGAGUUCCAUGUCUGCGCUGGGCAGCCUUAGGGGGCCCAGCAUGGGGUCUCGGGGCGACCUGCGUGACUCACAGAGGCCGUGAGAUGCAGGGGUAGUCUGAAACUUCCGGCUGUGUUGUGUCGCUCUAUUUUCGUGGUUUAGAUCGGCGUCUUCAGGGAUGUUGUGGUGUCGGGGAUAACAUGUAACGGGUGUGGGAUCAAAAUAUUUACCGGCAUUACACGAACGGGCGUCGUGGUUCAUUAUGGAGCACGUCAGUCUGUCGAUGCGGGUCAUGCUGGCCAUUUCCAUGUCUGGGGGGAUUGCGCUGGCUAUCUCCGUUGCGGUUGAUAAAGCUGCAAUCGAAGCGCUUCGUUAGGUUUAUUGUUGGGAUGACACAUGAGGCCAAGGGAACAAGGAUGGAUCUGAAAUGCAGGAUGGGCCAAAGAAUAGGUGGAUAGAAGGUUUGUUGCCUCCAAGUCGCAGGCGUGGCCAUCCUCGUCCUGCAGGCAGGCUGGUGACGCGUUGCACACGUCAAGCUUUGUGAUUGGGCACACAUUCUGGGCAGCUACUUUCCCCCUUACCAUGGAAAGCCUUGGUUUAGCUGCGAUUGUGGGAGGGUAGGCUGGAGCCACGGAUCUUAGCAGGUUGCAUGGGACUUGAGACAUGGAUUCGUAGGCUCAACGCUGUCACAGCAUCUAUGGCACGCGUUGAACCCUUGCCAUAUUGCUGCAAGUCCGUUUGUAAGAAAACACGUACUU